GAGAGCUCGAGCCCACAUCCAACCGAUCCGGUUAGCGUUCAGCAUCAUCCGACGGAAAUCCUGUUAACGCCACACGGACGUCCUGCCGGCAUCCGGCUGCAAUCGCAAUGAGUCACAUCCACUCGAGCAGGAAGUCAGCUCUGUGCCCUCUGGGAGGAAACUGCACUGAGCACCAUCACCAGGUUAGGAUGUCUAAACUGCUCCACCUGCCUGACCACGCCCCUACACAGAGUGCUCACGCCCAGUCUCACCUGUUUCCUACCGUGGAUGUCCCUGACCACGCCCACUACAUCAUUGGCUCAGUCAUCCUGUUGGUAGGGGUAACAGGCAUGCUGGGAAACGCCCUGGUCAUCUACGUGUUCUGUCGCAGUCGGACGCUGAGGUCGCCCAGCAACCUGCUAGUGGUUAACUUGGCGGCCGCCGACUUCCUGAUGUCCUUGACACAGUCUCCAGUCUUCUUUGUGGCCAGCCUGCAUCGCCGCUGGGUGUUUGGGGAGCUGGCCUGCGAGCUGUACGCCUUCUGCGGUGCUCUCUUUGGCAUCACCUCCAUGAUAACGCUGACGGCAAUUGCGGUGGACCGUUGCCUGGCUAUCACGCGUCCUCUGGCGAUGCUGGGUGGGGUGAGUCAUCAGAGAGUGUUGGUGGUGGUGGCAGUUGUGUGGCUGUACUCUCUGGGCUGGAGUCUGCCGCCGUUCUUCGGGUGGAGCGCCUACGUCCCUGAAGGCCUGCAGACAUCCUGCAGCUGGGACUACAUGAGCUUUACAGCUGCUGUACGCACUUACACCCUCCUGCUGUUCUCCUUCGUCUUCUUCAUCCCGCUCGCUGUCAUUGCUGCGUGCUACUUUGCCAUUUUCCGGGCAGUGCAGCAGGCGGGGCGGGAAAUAGAGCAGCUGAACUGUGGCGAGGUCAACAAGGCAUAUGAGCGUCUGCGCAGCGAGUGGCGAAUGGCUAAGGUGGCUCUGGGAGUAAUCCUGCUCUUCAUCGUUUCCUGGUCGCCAUACUCUGUGGUUGCUCUCACCGCCACCGCUGGCUACGCACACCUGCUGACUCCAUACAUGAACUCGGUGCCAGCUGUCAUCGCCAAGGCCUCUGCCAUCCACAACCCCAUUAUCUAUGCCAUCACACACCCAAAGUACCGCGCUGCCAUUGGUCACUAUGUCCCUUUUCUUCGCAGCGUGCUACGGCUGCAGGAGAAGGACCUGCGCUCCUCUUUCAGCUCAAGCGCCACUUCGUCUCGCUGUACCACUUUUACCAGCUCGCCAAAAGGUCGACUUAAUGCCGGCGUCAGGACCAAUGGCCACCAGGCUCAGAACUGCCUAUCCUCAGUGUCUGACAGCAAGUCGUGCUGGAUGGAGAGCGAUGCUGACGGCUCGAGCAGAAGAUCAGAGAGGCAGGCGUUCUCAGAGGUCACCGCUAACCCCUUGGACUCCGUCACACCGAGGCAGCACGUGGGCCACACCGACGCCAGUUCAUCUGACGGUGCCGUGCUCGAGGCCAAACUUCCUCUGUGAUGCUGCUCUCGUGGUUCUGCUCUUACUGGUCAAAGGUUUUGAUCAGAUGGAGAGACGAAAUGAGAUCAGGGAGUGAUGCAGGCCUUUGAUGGUGAUGACAUCACUGUGUUACUCACGGUUACGCAGCUGAUUGGAAACUUGAGCUUCAUGUGAAUAUUGAUUGAUUUUCCUGUGAUUGAUUCGGUUUUCUGAUUAAUUUGUCAGUAAAGUUCAGUUCAAGCUAAAUUUCUUCAGGUUUUUUUUUUUUACCACAGAAACAUGAUGAUGUGUGAGGCGUGAUUGAAAUUUGAAAUCUGCAGCAGUGUUUGAGCAUCAACAUCUCCAAAACUUCUAAAGAUCAAACCCUGAAAUGUUAAAAAAGCCGGAUUACCUUCAAAUGAACCAGGAUGUGUAAUGCUCCAAAUUAUAUGCAAAAAUAAAAAAUGAAAGCCGCCCUGUAAAGUCUCAUUAUUAAGCACACACUGGUAAAGAAUCAACUAGUGACAAUUUGUGGAUGCUAUAUAAAUUAAUUUCACAGUACUGUAAAGCAUGUAGAAACUCUUUAACAUGGGAUCUUGAGUCAGGACAUUAAGAACAUGCACCACUGGGUGCGAUCUUUCGUAAACAUAAAGUUUCAUUUCAUCUUUAAGCUGAUGAUUGCCAGCUUUAUUUUCCUUUCAGUCGUUCUGAUAGCUCCCAAAUUAGACUCCUGCUUGAUUGCCUUAGUGAUGUUAAGUCAUGGAUGGCUCAAAACUUUAAAUUUUAAUGAACGUAAAAUGGAAGCAAUUCUGUUCGGCCCGAAUCGUUCCUCUGAUAUCCCUGAUGUUGACCUUGCUGCUCUGACCCUUCACCUGAAGAGCUCGAUUACCAAUCUUGGGUUAAAAAUCGACUCUGCACUUACCUUUGAUGGCCACGUGAAUGCGGUGGUGAAAUCAUCAUUCUAUCAUCUCAGGCGUCUGUCGAAGGUUAAACCUUUUCUUUCAAGGCGUGACUUGGAGACUGGUAUCCACGCUUUUAUAA